GAAGCUUAGAACGCGAGAUGCUUUUUUAAGCUUAAUUCAUAAAUCGAAGGUGUGAAGUUAGCUGAAUUCUUUUAUCUGUUUAUUGUUUCUAUGCAUAACCGUCUAAUAAUGACGUAAGAAAAAUCAAUGAAAAUGAAUACAAUAUCCAGCGAGCUCAGUAUGAACGAUUUAAACAGUAAAUUCUUUGAAAUAAUGCAAAAUGAAGACAACGCCGUCGAAGCGACAAAUUUUAUAUACGAUCAAUUGUUUGACGACGUAACCUUGGGCAUCUUGUUUGAAUUCCAUCAUGGGGUGAAGACCGGCCUUACAGAUCUGAUAGAAGGGGAGAAAGAAGAAGAAGAGCCCUAUAAAAUAGUAAAUACAUCCGAGUGUGACGUAUUCGGAUUUUCAAUGAUGAAAAAGACCCCAGAUUCAAACUGCUCGUGUCCAAAUUGUGAGCGACCGGUGUCGGCAACGAGGUUCGCGCCUCACUUAGAGAAAUGUAUGGGAAUGGGUAGAAACAGUUCUCGUAUCGCAUCCCGCCGGAUUGCCUCAAACAGUCGUGAACCUACCUCUUAUGCUGGACUACUAAGUGAUGAUGAUGAUGAUGCUGACUGGGCCGGGGGCUCAAUGCAAAAUGAACGCCGGAAACGACGAAUUAAAAACAACAAUAACAGGAAACCAAAUAAAAUGCACAAUGGUAACAGCAGAAAUGGUCACCUGAACAAUGAUGCUAAUGAUGGCAGUACUACCUAUGAAACAAUGACUGCCAAUGAGAAGAAAAAUCUAUUAUUACACAGCUGUGGUGUUGUUUCUGAACACACUAAGAAGUUUUGCACCAGGUCGACUCGGUGUCCCCAGCACACUGAAGAGCAACGCCGGGCCGUACGUAUCAGUGUAUUAGAGCCCUCAACUCCAGAGUCUCAAAUGAUGGGUCUAACCCCUGACGAGGCCAGCUCUCCGCCCGAUUCCAGUCCAUCUUCGUCUUGUUCAUCGUCGAGUCGCAAGCGCGAUCGCCACCGAGCCCCACCAAAGAUGAAAAACAAACGGGAAAGGAACAUCUCGCCGAGCCAAAGAGAAUAGAGUUUACACAAGAUCCUGCUCAGAUGAUUGGCACGGAACUUUUGGAAGGCUGAGCUGGUGAUUGAUAAAAAGUGAACUGGUGUUUUUUUUUUGUGUGAUACAUUUCAGGAUAACGUACUACUUGUUCAAGUGAUCUAAAAUACUUAGUUCUGUGAUGAGACAUUUCUAACAAAGUAAAAAGAUGAUUUGAGAUGUUGUUCUGUUACAUUAUAACUAAGUCUGGUGUUUCGAUUGUGACUGUCGAUGGAUCUCAUUAUUUCAACGAAAUUAGUUAUCAGUACUUCCUUUGAUAUUGUUUUUUUUUUUUAAUGUACUGUAGUAUGAGAGUAAGAAAUUGCAUGAAGCAUUUAUUAUUUUAAAAGUAAAACAAGCGUUCUACAUAUUAUUAUAUAAGACCUACAUGUGCACUUUUCUUUGUACAAUAAAUAGAUAAGAGUGCUUAGAGUUAGAGCAAAGAAUUAAAAAUAUAAAAAAAAUUGAAAAUAUAAUCAUAAAUGCCAAUAUAAUGUUGAUAAUAAAACUAUAUCAUUAUAAACAAUAUUUGGUUAA